UGUCUGGGAGCUGCGAAGCAAAGACAUGCUGGUGGGCACAGCCAGACGUCCGCUAUCUGGACCGGGCGACUAUCUGAAGGACAAGUAUGACAGUGCAUCGGAGGUGGUGGUGGAAAAACACCGGGAGUCCCGGGGCUGGGUGGAGACACUCCAAGCCAAGUACACCUUCUUCAAGCACCCCACUGAGAGAGACCUGGUCUACUUCGAGGGCUCACCUAACUUCUGUGAGCCGAACCUGGUAACGGACUCGUUCGGCACACGUGACCGCAUUGCUCAGUUGUGUAAAAAAUGCGAUAAAUUGUAAUAAGGGACUCUGGAUAACGGCGCCAGAAAUGUAAAAUUAAGACACCCCAAAUGGAGAGCCAACCCAUCACAGGACACAAUCACACACCCAUUCACACACUAGGGACAAUUUCAAGAUGCCAUUCGACCAAAAUAGCAUGUCUUUGCCAAAAUAGCAUGUCUUUGAACUGGUGGAGGAAACCAGAGAACACUGAAUAAACCCGCAAAGCACAGGGAGAACAUCCAAACUCCACACACACACACAAGUGAGCAGCAAACGUACCACAUAACUAACUAGUAUUGGUCAGGAGAUUAGAUCAGGUUAUUAGUCCUUUGUAACAGCAGCUCUGACAGUAAUACAGCUGCAAAUCAGUUCUAUAUUAAUGCACUUGUUGGAAUACGUCAGGUUUCUAUAGCAACAGUCGACAAUAUCCUUCAAAAUAUGUAAACCAUAAUGGUCAAAAUAAUAGUUUAAUCCAUGAGAUCAGAACAAAAGAGGUAUGUUCCUGAGAGAUCCCAUUUAAAAACCGGUCCUGAAUGUUUGUGUUUGGAUCGGAUUCCCUUUACUCCACACGCCACCCUAGAUCCUGGGGGCAGAGCUUUUUUUAGGAAAAUAUUUGUGACAGAUGGAAAUGGGAGUGGUUCAGGGAAUUAAUAAAAAUCAUUCAGAUGUCUAACUCACCUACUUAACAGUUAGAGAGCGAAACUCUGGGGGGGGGGACUAAUCGUACCUUAUGCAGCUUUAAUGCUCUUGUUAUCGUUUCUAUAGCAACAGUAGCAACAGACCCUUCAGAGAAACACUGAGAAAGUGUAUCGUAUAAAUAUACUGUUUGAUAUCCAGGAUUUCAUUUUUUCAGGAAGGAGGAGCGUUCUUGUUUUCAUGCUAACCAACAAGUAGCUUGUUUUGUUGAUGUUCAAUCAUUGUUAGUGUUGGUGAUGUGCUGUUGCACAUUGAGCCUGUUGGUGAUGAGUUUCCUAUAAGU